AUGUGUAAGGAAAAUGAUGGUGAAGAAGUUAGGAAAAAAAGAACUCAUUCAGAGGAAGGUAAAGAUGAGUGUUAUGAAUUUAAACGAGUAAAAAAAAAUGACGAAAUAUUAGAUGAUCCAGUUGAACAGAAUUUGGAGGUAAACUGUGUCCCCAUAGAAGAAAACCAAGAUGAAAUACCUGAAGUUUCUUUAAAAAAGAAAUUUAAACUUUUACUACGUCAAAUUAAAAAAAUUUCCCGUCAAUUAGCUUUGGGUACUUUAGUUGAGUCAACUGAAAAUAUGGGUAAUGAAAAUGAUGAUGAAAUGUACAAGUGUAGUGAAAGAUUUAUGUUUAGGGAGACACCACCAUUUAUUAAUGGUAAAAUGAGAGAUUACCAAAUACAUGGAUUAAACUGGAUGAUAACACUUAGAGAAAAUAAUAUCAAUGGAAUAUUGGCUGAUGAAAUGGGUCUUGGAAAAACUUUACAAACUGUUUCACUACUAGGAUAUAUAAAAUAUUUUGAAAAUAAAAAAGAUACCAAUUUACCUUCUCUUAUCAUUGUACCAGCCACAGUAAUUUGUACCUGGAGAAAUGAAAUUACAAAGUGGAUAGAUGGUAUGCAGAUUUUAUUUUUACAUGGAGGUAAAAACCAUUGUAAAGAGAUUGUUAAGAAUGAUUUGAAGAAGGGAGGAUAUGAUAUUGUUCUAACAACAUAUGAAAUUCUUUUAAAAUUUUGUCAUAAACUAAAAAUUAUAGAAUGGGAUUAUAUUAUAAUUGAUGAGGCACAUCGUAUAAAAAAUGGAAAAUCAAUUACUAGUAAAGCAAUAAGGUACAUUAAAUCAAAAAAUAGAUUAUUGUUGACAGGAACACCAUUACAAAACAAUCUUUAUGAACUUUGGUCCUUAUUAAAUUUUAUUCAACCUGAACUAUUUGAUGACGCUGAAGAUUUUGAAAAUUGGUUUUGUAGUGAUAAAUGUUUUAGUAGUCAAAAUUCAACUAUAAAGAAAUUGCACAAAAUUCUUAAUCCUUUUAUCCUUAGAAGAAUUAAAAAAGAUGUUGAAAAAAAAAUUCCUCCAAAAAUAGAAACGACAUUAUUUGUAGGUCUUUCAAAUAUUCAAAAGAAGCUUUAUAAAAAAUGUUUGCUUAAUGGUGCUGAAGUAUUUAUCAAUGGAAAAAUUAAGAGAGGUAAAUUUAUGAAUUUGUUUCAACAGCUUCGUAAAAUUGCUAGUCAUCCAUAUUUAUUACCUGGUGUUGAACCUGGUCCUCCAUAUGAAGAAGGUGAACAUGUAAUAAAAUGUUGUGGAAAACUGAGAGUUCUUGAUAAACUUUUAACCAAGUUGAAAUCACAAGGUUCUAGAGUUAUAAUUUUUGCUCAAUUUUUAGAUACAUUAAAUAUUCUCGAGGAUUAUAUGAUUUGGAAAAAUUAUUCAUACAAUAGGUUUGAUGGAAAAUCUCCUUACAAUGAAAGACAAGAAUAUAUUGAUGAAUUUCAAAGUGAAGAAUCAACAACUUUUGCUAUGUUACUUUCUACUCGAGCUGGUGGAAUAGGAAUUACUUUAACUGCUGCUGAUGUUGUUAUAUUUUAUGAUAUUGAUUGGAAUCCACAAAUGGAUUUACAAGCAGCAGAUCGAGUUCAUAGGAUUGGUCAGAAAAAACAAGUAAAAAUAUUUCGAUUAAUUGCAGAGGGAACAGUAGAUGAAGAAAUUUACAAAGUAGCUGAAAAAAAAUUACAUCUAGAUAAUUUGGUCAUUCAAAAAGGAAGAAUGAAUGAAAUGAAAAGAGAAAUGAAACAAGAAGAAAUAAUGAGAAUUUUACGUAACGAUAUUGAAGAAGUUGGAAAUUUAAAAAAAGGAAAAUUUAAAUAUAACAUUGAAGAGAUUGUAGAGAGAUCUUCUCUGAAAUAUAAAAAAAUCCAAGAUGAGAUUAAUGGAAUUAGUAAAUCUCAAAGUAAUAUUUUCCUAGAAACUCAUCGAAAUUCUAACUCUAGAGAAAAUAAUAUGUAUCAUUUUAAUGGUAAUGAUUACAAAAUUUUACAAAAAAACAAUAACGAUCAACCAGAAGUGGAAUAUAUUAAAAAGAAAAGAUUAAGUAUUAAGCGUUUUGAAAAUUUAAAUUGA